AUGCACCGAAGGGAGCCCAGAUCGAAUAACGAUACUCCCAGAAGCUGUGAUGAAAAAGAAGAAUCUUAUCUUUCCACUGACUCUAACAUAGCACCUGCUCGUAAUCAAGUCUCUGAGCAAACUGUUAACCAUUUAAUUGAGUCAUUAAUUAAUGCCUUCCAAAAUAUAAAUAAUCCAGAUUUAAACAUUUCUAAAUUGAUCCUGAAUAUAAUAAAUUCUCUGAAAUAUUUACCAUUCCAAGAAAAAAGCUUCCGAAUUGACUUAAAAAAUGUGGAUAUUUUCACUCCAAUAUUGAAAACCGACAAUAAUGAUGAAUUCAUCUUUGAUGAAAAUUAUAAUUAUAAACUCGAUUUGUUUUCAAUAUUGUUCGCAUAUUGUUCCAUUCAUAAAUCAUUACAUGAAUUCAUCAUUGAUUCGUGGGACAAUUGGUAUCACCUCUUAUUAAACAGUCAAUCCACAAUUGUAAGUGAUAAUGAAGAGCUAGGAUUCUACACCGUAAUCAAUAAAAUUGAGCAAUUUGAAUGCCUAACUCCAGAUCUAUUAAACUAUUUCAAUUUCAAUUUGAUAAAUCCUUUAAUAAAUUCUUGGAUCCCUAAAUGGAAAUCCUUUAUCGAUUUAGGCGAUUCACCUUCGACUACUUUAUCUUCAUUAUCGUCAUCUCCAACUUUGUUGUCAUCUCCAUAUCCAAAUAACAAAAACAGCAAUAUUUAUUCGGAUAGUAGACUACUUACAACGGUUUUAAACGUGACAAGUAUCGAUUUCUUUAUUGCUACAUCGAUAAUAACUCUAAAGUACGAUGUAUUCAAUUUGAAUACUACUAAAGACGGAGAACAACAACAAACUUAUAAUCCUUUUAUUGUCUAUGAACUAUCGAAAAGAAUCUCAAUGUUCCCUAAAUUGAUUCCAAAUACAAUAUACUUAAAUGCAUUGGAUUUAAUCAUCUCAAAAGGUGUUACGCCCUCCACUAUUUCUUCUGUAAGGAAAAACGAAGUCAUUGAAAAUUCUCAUGAACAAGGAAUAAAAAAUCAUAAAGAUGAUCUAACUUUCCAUCUGAAAGUAAUAAUGGAAUUUAUUGACCACCCAGAAUUGAAUUAUUUAAAAGAGCCAAGAUUAGUACUUCUAUUACAAAUUGCAUUACAAAACAUUUCAAAUCAUAUACCGAUUCAUAUUCUACACAAAACGCUAAGUUCAAUGGGUUCGACUCAGACUUUAAUUGCUAUCUUUAAUAUGGCACAAUUCUUACUAGCGAAAUUUUUGAUCGAUUUAGAAAAUUGCUCACAAUAUUCUGAUACUAAUAGCAUUUCAAAUAGUAAAAGUAAUGUAAUGUCCAAUACAGAUAUCAUUGUACCACCAUGGUUUGAUGAAGUUAUGAUACCUCCAAUACCACCAAUAUCAAAAUCUUUAUUCAUCUUUGAAGCAAAACUUGAUGAUGAUGACAUUGAUCCGCUAUUCCAAUUAAGCGGUAACAAUAGCUUUAAAAAUAUUAUAUCAUCAUUACUCGAGUCCUUAAACUUAAUAAUUAUUAUUAACAAAAAUAUUUUGAGUCAAUACAAGGCGUUAAGUAUAAACCCAUUAGAUCUUCAAAAUAACUAUGCUAAUAAAGCAGAAACAGCCGAUGCCAAAAACACGAAGAAUAAUAAAGAUAACGUUUAUAUAUCGAAUAAUGAUAGAAAUAAAGUAGACCCAUCAAUUAGGCUAUUAACAAAUGAAAAAUAUAUGGAGAUAUGCUUCAUUCCAAUAAUAUCAUGCUUCUUGUUAUCCGAUCUACUAAAGAAUAACCAACGAAAAAAUACAUCGCUAGGUCUAUCCUUAAUAGCUAAUACUACGAAAGCACUAGAAGCAUUAAUUGAAUUACAUGGCAAUAUGUCAUUGUUCCAUCUGAUUAAGUUCAUCGAAAAAAUUUCCAUGGAAGAUUUAUCAUUACAGAAGGUGUCAAUUAACUUGCUGAACCAUUUGUUCUUCCAUAAUGCUUCAAACCCAGAUUAUAUCAAACAGUUAUGCUUACAAAAUGAAUUGACUACUCAAGCCUUAAACAAAUAUAUUAGCUCAUGGAAUGAUGGCUCAGAAGAUUACAAAAACUUCUUUGAAAUACUGUUUGAUACUAAACAACCUACAUUUGAUAACGAAAAUGUGAGGCCAACUUUAUCAUCAAUAAUCGAUCUAGUGAAACAAUUACCGGAUUUCGCUGAUAAGUUUGGGUCGCUAGACUUAUCCGUCAGUAGUAAAGCCACAGUGGCCAAUAAUAGUAUGCUACGAACUAAUAUUAAUGUUAACAAAAAUAAUAAGAAUACCAUUGAACAGGCAUCUCCGAUACAACCUGUACCAAAUAGGUUAGGAGUCUCGAAGCCUUUUAUUUCAUCAACAACAUCAUCAUCCUCGACAAAAUAUGAUGCCUAUACAACAUCAUCUUUUAUUCCGUCAAAUAAAUCUUUCCCUUCUCCAAUGGUAUCAUCAGCAAAUAGCACCACGAACAAAUAUAUGUAUUCAGCGGGUGCAACAGGUAUUGACAACCAUGGUGGUCAUAUGACAAUGACAAUGACAUCAGCACCAGUGCCAGUUGAUACAUUCUCCUCGCAACGAAUGGAUAUGCACAACGCAGUUCCUCAUAGAAAUAACCUCUCUGAUGAAAUAAUGAAUAAUUCUAUUUCCAAUAUGCCCAAGACACCGACUUCAAUGGCAUCGAAUAAUACAUCUACGACAAGCUCCAAUAUAAAUACCACAGCAACUACUAAUAAUUCGAAUAAUAAAAAUAGCACUCUAUGGAAUGAAUCUCCUGGUUUCAGUUCAAGUAAAAUGGUCAAUACUGGCAAGAAUUAUAUUCUAGGAGGUCAUAAUCGUGUCAGAAAUAAUAGUAGAGCGCAAUCUAUUCAUAUCGAUGAAUUCGAACAACAACAAUAUUAA